AUGGGCUUGUUUAACCGGCUUCGACGGCGUUCCAAGAGUCACAGCCGUGCGGGGAAUGCGGCCAGCUAUGAACAUCUCCGCAUCUCUCCCGAUCACAGUGUUCCCCCAGUUCCCACGCUAAGACGAGACUACACCAAGAUCCUUCCUCCUCCAGUUCUGGCGCGAAUCUUUGCUUUUGUCUGUCCCCAUGCAGCAGACAGCAGCUAUGCGACUUCCGAAGAGUCCAUGACCGAGGAUGGCUGCAUGCUCUGUGACAUGCGCGACCUAGCACACUGUGCUGUGGUGUGCAAGCGGUGGUAUCUGGCUGCUCGAAGUGUAUUGUACUCCCAUGUCCGCAUCGAUGCCGUCCACUACUGCGAACUUGAAGUCCAAUUGGCAGCCAGGCGAAAGCGCCGUUCUUUCUUUGACCGCAAUGGUGAUCCCAUUGAUGCACCCCAGGCCCGGUUGGAAUUAUUCAUGCGCUCAGUGCGACAUGCACAUGAGCUGGGAAGCAUGGUCUUGUCUCUGCGAAUGCCAUACAUGACGCGUGAAGCAAACAAGGCGGGCAUUGCCCGAACGAUCUCGGUGUGUCCCAACCUUCGAUACGUUGACUUGCCGGCUGGCCUAUACAGCGAUGACCCGGCGUGUCUUGCUCUGAAGCAAGAACUUAUGGCCCGUUGUCCCGAUAUACGACGCAUGGCCUAUCGCCAUGGCUCCGAAGGAAGCUUCUCGCAGUUGCCCGGAUCCCGUUUGUGGAUGAACUUGGAAAUCUUGGAGUUGUCGCGACUCCAAAUUGAGCCAAACAUUCUCCGCUUUAGUCUGGGCGCUUUCCCCCAGCUGCGUGAAUUGGCAUUGGAAGACCUCCCAUGGCUUGACGAUUCCGCUUUCAGACAUUCUCAAUCACUGCCUCCCUUUCCAGCCGUCCAACGGCUUACACUUCGAGAUACCCCCAAGGUCACGGCAAGCGGGCUUGCCGCGUUCUUCUCCCUUCCUGUGAAUCGCAAAUCAUUACAUUAUCUGACUUUGUCGGCCACCGGAGUGCUUCCAUCCACCCUCUAUCAAAUUCUAGCCUUGGCGCCAUGUCUUGAAGGACUAUUUUUCAUUCAAGAGGUAUCCAGAUCCUUUCCCACGGAACAGGUACCACCGUUGGUGUCCACGUCGCUCAAAAUGCUGCACUAUGAGAUUACUUCUUCAAGCGCAUCUUAUGGUCUAGCACCUGUUGCAGCCUCAUACUAUACCUACCUGAUCUCUUCUUUAAUGUCAAACUGUCUUCCAGCUUUACGCGACUUAUAUGUUCGCGACGCCAGUUUCCCAGAAGCCCUGCUGCUUGCACCUCCACCUCGAAUCUUUGGAGGUGGUGAAAACGGCCCGCAGAUCCCUGCUGGCGGUCUCUCGCAGCCCCUCAAUGUGUACAGCAAAGGCUUGGACGAACUGGAAUGGAACUUUACUCCGUACGAGCCGCCUCAGACGCGCGGCCGGCGGGAGAGUACGACCCGUCCGGUGAGCUUCCAUGACGCGCAGUUGAGUCGGACUUGGGGAGGAGACGCAAGGAAGAGUGUGCUCGUCGGAAAUGGAUUCGGCGGAUUUCUCGCCGUACCCGUCGACGACGAUCGUCCAAAGAGUAGUGGAGGCUGGAGACGUCAAAGUCGGCAAGACUUAUGGCGGUGA